AUGGUUGGGUUAAAAAGAUUGGCUGGUGCUUUGUGGGUAGCACAGUUCAUUGAGGUAUUAAAGACUGAUGUGACAGAUCUUGGCUACAAAGUUGCAUCACAGAUUGUGGACAGCCAAAAAUUUGUGGUUCGGCAACGGCGGAACAGACUUUAUGCAUGUAUGGAGCUUGACAGGGGCCUUGGUCUUGCAGACUUUCCAUCCCACUUUGCUGCCACAUUGAAAAGCCUGCAGACAGACUUGCACUUCCCCAUGGAGGAAUGCUUCAUCCAGGAUGCACCAGAAGUACCACCACGUACAGACAGAGAGACACAAAUGCUAGCUCGGGCAUUAGAAGAAGGAAAGGCUGCUAGACUGCAAGAAAUGCAAAUACAGGCUGAUGCAGAGAAUGUGGAGAGCUAUGACAAGAUGCUAGAAAAGAAGCCUUUUGCACAAAGCCUGGCAGGAAAUAGUUUUACCGGAACUGUCGUGCAAGCUGUCACCAUCACCAGCUUUGUAUGCUGCAAAGUUUGGAGAGAUCAGACUGCCUGCACAUCCCCAGAGGCAGCGUCCCUGCAGCAGAAAGCUGGCCAACAGUGUUUGCCACAUCCUUCAACCCAGAGUUUGUCGGCAGCAAUGGCCAAAGACAGCGCAACCAAUGAGCCAAGACUGGUUGAGUAUCAAGGUUCUGUGCUGCACCGGUGUCGGGGGAAGCAAGCCUGGUUGCGCAAGGUGCGCAAAGAGCUGGUUCAGAAGAGAAGAGGAAGAGGCAACCACAAAGCAAAAGGAAAGAAAACAAUGACCAGCAUUUAUCAGAAGGAGCAAAUCUUCCAGGCCUAUGAGAAGGCCAAGGGUGCUGGUGAUGAGCAAGCCUUGAAACAGGUGAAAUCAAUGCACGGCUACUUCAAGGGCUGCAUGUGCAAGACCAAGUGGGGUUCAAUCAGGGUAGCGCAAUCAUGGACAUUGCUGUGCAAAACAGCUCCGGCACUGUGCAAGCGUCACAAAGAACUGCCCAAUGCAUUGCGGAAGAUUUUGCAAUUGGGCAGUCUGAAGCACAAUCAUGUCGCAAGUGGGAACGGGGAGCAGGUCCAUUUGCCACCACCGCUUGAGAUAUGCAUCGAGGACAUGCUCAUGGAUCGAAUCGUGAGAGGUGAAGAAAUGACUAUGACAUUUGCCUCCCAAACCAUUUGCUUUGCAGUAGAGCUGUGGAAUGAAUGCAUCAGCACCAUGGAGCAGUUGCUCCGGGACAAUGUUUGGGACAUGCUGAAGCAACAGGACUCGCACUUGGCUGACCUUUCUGAAACGGAGCUCAAUGGGAGGUUUGCUACUGUUCUCAAGGCAGCUCAGCAAAUGAUGAGACCGGUCCACCUGAAAGACACAGAUGCUGCAUUGCUGUGGCUCGGCGCAGGCUUGCUUCAUUUCUAA